AGGGGGGAGUUACCAGGUGCAGCUUUACGUUUGUCGGGAGCGAGUGAGUCCCAGUGGGAGAGAGAGAGAGAGAGAGGGGGAGAGGGAGUCGGGCCACAGAGACGCCCAGACCUUGGAGCCGGAGAGGAUAAGACGGGAAGAGCGCAGGAGCCGCGGCCACUGACACCGGCGAUACACAGGGCCAUGUCCCACCAGACCGGCAUUCCAGCUUCAGAAGAGCUAAAGAGUGUUUUUGCCAGAGCCAGAAAUGGUGAAUUCUGCAUUCUGAAAAUUGUGAUUGAAAAAGAAAAGCUCAUCUUGGGUGCAUCUAGAAAGUCGGUGACCAGUUGGGACCAGGAGUAUGAUUCAUGUAUCCUUCCACUUCUGGAGGAUAAACAACCCUCCUAUAUCUUGUAUCGAUUGGACACCAUGAAUUCCCAGGGAUUCCAGUGGCUCUUUAUUGCCUGGUCACCGGAGCCCUCUCCAGUUCGGCAAAAGAUGUUAUAUGCCGCAACAAGAGCGUGUUUGAAGAAGGAAUUUGGUGGUGGUCGCAUCAAAGACGAGAUAUUUGGAACAGUAAAGGAGGACGUCUGCUUAAGUGGAUACAGAAAGCACCUGAUUUCACAAGCAGCUCCUGGCCCUUUAAGUGAAACUGAAGAGGAACUACGGCAAAUCCGAAUCAAUGAGGGGAAAACUGAUUUCAGAGCAGAGACCAAACAACAAACUCUGCAUGGUGUAUCGCUCCCUUUGCACCAAGACGCUUUGCAGGCUCUGGAAAAACUUAGGGACAAAAGGCUUAACUACGUACAACUUCAAAUAGAUUUUAAAAAUGAAACUAUAAAGCUGUCAGACAGGACCAACACAGAAAUUGGAGAGUUGCCAAAGCGAAUACCAAAGGAUUCUGCUCGGUAUCAUUUCUUCCUGUACAAGCACUCUCAUGAAGGAGACUACUUGGAGUCUAUCGUGUUUAUCUACUCUAUGCCUGGCUACACAUGCAGCAUUCGAGAACGAAUGUUAUAUUCCAGUUGUAAGAAUUCCUUGAUUGAGAUGGUGAAAAAACAAAUAUCUCUGGAAAUAUCUAAGAAGAUCGAAAUCGAUGAUGGGAACGAUCUGACCGCUGACUUCUUGUAUGAAGAGGUUCAUCCGAAGCAGCAUGCACACAGGCAAAUCUUCGCAAAGCCAAAGGGCCCUGCAGGCAAGAGGGGAACUAAACGGCUAAUACGGGGGCAAAGAGAACCUGCAGACAAUACUGAUUAAAAUUAUGAUGGGAGAAUUCCAAUGUUGCUUGAUCAGUUGAUUUAAGAAAAGUUUGAAAUUUAACACUAAUUUUACAUACUGGAAGACUGCUCAAAUGUCCAUGUUACCGGCUCAGACCCAGAGUUUAUUUUCAUUUCUCUGUCUUUUUUUAAAUUAAUUUUAUAGUGAUUGGUUUUGUUUCAGGAGUUCUGAAAACAAAAGGUAGCAGCAACAUACUCUCCCUGAUGUUGGUAAUAAUAUGCUGAUGGUCUAAAGCAGUUGUUCUUUAAAUUGGAGCACUGACAAACUACUGUAUUUCUUUGUGUCCACGAAAUAGAUCCGCUGUCACCAAUUAAGUGAGGGUACGUUUCUGGGUUGGUAAUCUGUGUAGUCAACAACAACUCGUACUUGGUAUAGAGUCCUCCAUGCAGGAUAGCGUCUCAGAGCACUUAACAAUGGCGGAGCCUAGCUUCAGUCUUUCUAUUUGUUAGCACAAAUCUCUACUGAUAGAAAUGUGACACUAAUUGCCAAACUAGACUGCACUGACACUAAUUGCACCAAAUUAGAUGGGCCUUGCUCAAUCAUUUCACCAGAUUUAUAUAAAUAUGAUCCACAAAUAUAUUAUCAAAUAAACAUUGCAAAGCAGAACAUCUCAAAGCACUUUGCAAGGACUGAGUUGCGAGGGAGAUGGGGUGGAGGGUGUUUUGAAGACGAGAGGGAUUUCGGAAGACAAUCGCAGUGUAAUGCCCAGUAGGUAAAGGCACUGCCUGGUGUAACAUUAAGCUAUACAGACCAGAGAUUACAGAUCAGAUUCCUGGUAUGUGCCGAAUUAGCUGAUUUCAGCUGGGGCAGAAUUUGAGUCUUGUGUUUGCUAUUUCUGUGGAUUCUGUUUUUUAAAACAUUUUUAUGACAAUUAUUCAGGCAAAUUUCAUUUUCUUCACCCCCCCACCCCACCCCCACAUCACCCACUCAUUUUUUUUAAUUUCCCAUUUUGUACACUUGUAGUGGGCCCAAGGCUUGCAAGCCUCCCCCUUUCUAGGAUGUGCCAGAGCCUGUGCAGGUAUAACUUGCUCCUCUUGUGUCCAAACUCGUGCAGACCUUCUAUAUUUUAAUUAUACCAUUUGAAUCAAGCUUCUAAACAUCUUUUAAGAGUUAUACUCAAUAUGUUACACUAUGUUUCCAGAUAGAACUGUCCUCCCUAUAUCUUUGAAUAGCCCUUCAAUUCUAGAAUCCAUUCUUGUUUACAAUGGGGGAGGGGUGGGGUGGGGUGGGGUUGGGGGAUGAGGAGGAUGUGGUUGAGGAGAUGGGUCUUAAGAUGGUUUUUUGGUGAGGCCAAGACUUCACAGCAAUAUCUGUACCAAAGUCUCACCUUCCAGUUGUUUUAACUGCUGAGUCCCAAAUGUUACUAGGAUAUAGUGGUACUGAACUCAAGAAACAGAUUUUGCUGUAACAGGGAAGAUUGUAUAGAUUGGUAAUCUGAAAGAUCAAGAGAUCAAAUGGUCCUAACCUUCUCUGACUUCUUAUGUAGGUAGGUGUCUACAUUGUUCACUAUGUGAAGGGGCACUGCAUAUUCUUCUGGUGCAGUUAUUUCUAGCAUUUGCUUGAAAUAGAAAAAAAUUAAAGGGAGAAAUAUUUUCACAAGUUGUAUAAACUCCGCCUGAGUUAAUUGGAAAAGAUUCAUCACUGCAUGAAUCAAAUCUUGCAGAUAACCUGUCCUUACUAUUUUGUACAAAUCAGGAACCCUCGUGUUCACCAUAUAAACAUAGGUUGAAUAUUUUGUUUUAUUUGUAAUUCUGAAGCAAUGUCCAGAUAGGUCAACAGAUAGUUGCCUGUCCUAUUCAGAUUUAAAGCACAAUUACUGAUCUUUUCAUUUAAUACAAAUGGUUGUGGAAUACAAGCUGUGCUACUAUUAUUAAGUUGUAAUUAACACUGUGUUGUCAAACCUAGAUUUCUACUGAGCCACAUGUGUGACUCAUGAACAACAUUGUGAGCUGCACCAGUUGAAAAUGUUGCUAGUAUUUAACUGAUGCACAUUUACACACAAAGGGAAUAGAGACAUCAUGAGGUGCAAGUUAUAUUCAUUUAAAUACAUGGAAAACAGUUCGUAGGAAUUGUCUUUAACAUAUAAAUGUCAUAUUGUCAUUCAAAAAUGUGUAUCAAUUGAGUAUACUCGUUUUGUUCAAUUUUUCAUGUUCUUGUGUUCUUAUUCAAACAUUAUUUUAGAUGACUAUUUCAAUUGAAUAUUCGAAAAGCUUGACAAGAAUUUUUUACCACAUACAUAUCAUGUGUUUAAAUAGCCAUGCGCAUGUCUCUCUAAGCAAAUCGUUAUCAGGAAUUGUGAGAUAAUGUGAUUUCUGCUAUACCCAAACCGUUUAUGAACAACUUGUGGCUGGCUCAUGGCUCUAUAGUUCUACAAUGUUACCCUAAGGCCACUUAAAUAGGAAUGAGAUACAUUCGGCAUAACAAACACUAAUGAGCUUUAUAAAGCUAAAGGUAGACUUUCAGUUAGAAUGUAGGUAUGUUUGCUGCAAAUUGGAGUGAAAUGUUAAAACUUUUUUUUAAAUAAAAAGAGAGAACAGAUGAGGAAUACUACUUGGGACAUUUGUGUUUUCAGGCUUUUAAAUUGUAUAAAAAUGUGCACAUUUAAAAUGAUGCAUUGCAUAUUUGGCAAACUAUUCUUUCAAGAAUGAUUAGGUUAGAUUUAAUAUGAACAAGAAUUGUGACAUGCAAUAUAACACUUUAUUUCACUGAAAGAUGAAAAUGUUGUUACCUCUUAAUGUAAUACAAUAAACCGAUUUCACUGAUUAA